UAAGGGUCCAACCUUCCAACUGAUAUAAAAGAGAAAAAGCGAAGAAAGAGAGAGAAAGUGAGUAAAGGGUAGUUGAGGUACUUUGAAAGGAAGAAGGGGUGGAAACUGGAAGGAGUUGGGUUUUUCAGUUGGUGAUGGUGGUGAUUCAAUUCCACCAUGCGAAUAACAAGAGAUUCACUCAAUUAACCUUAUCUAUCUCACAUGCUCCUACUGAUUCUUCCUUCGUUCAACCUAUCACCUUUUCCGGCGGCGGUGGCUGCAGCGACAACGGUAACGGCAACGGCAGCGCAAGAGUUUCAGUUACCUCACAUGUCGGGCUAGCUUCUUUCUGUGACGGCCACGGCUUGCACCGCCGUGGCCGCCACCAUUUUCUUCCCUAGCUGAAGAUACCAAUCAUUUACUCAAAUCAAUCAAUCAAUCAAAGAGUUUAGACUUCAAGUUGAUCAGUAUUCGAAGUUAAAUCCGUCAAAUCAGAGGCGAAAUUAUACAAAUAGGAGUUAAAUUAGCAGUAACUAAGAUAUGAUGACAGAACAAAAACACUUGUUAAGAUCUCUCCGGCGAAGUCGCACUUCAACGCCGUCGUCAUCGUCGUCGUCUUCGCCGUCCCCUUCAUCUUCGUCUUCUUCGUGGAUUCACUUGAGAUCGGUGCUUUUUGUAGUUACGAAUUCAUCUUCUUCCCCAGUUUCCAGUGAUCGUAUAAGUCUUAAAUCUCCUUGGUCUAGGCGGAGAAGGAAACGCGCCCUUUUAUCCAAGCAAUGGAAAUGUCUAUUUGAAGCCGAUGGUAGACUGUCCUGUGGUGGAGUAAAGCUUUUGAAGAAAGUGAGAAGCGGAGGAGUUGAUCCCAAUAUCAGAGCAGAGGUUUGGCCAUUUCUUCUUGGAGUUUAUAACCUGAACAGCACAAAGGAGGAAAGAGACUCUGCUAGGAAAAAGAAAAGGAAAGAAUAUGAAAACUUGCGCAAGCAAUGUCGCCAAAUACUAAGACGCAGUGUUGCAAGCUUCAAGGGGAACGAGACUGCUGAAAAUAGCAAUGGUGGUAGUGGUGGGUUUUUCAGUCAAGUUUCGAACACCCCUGAAUCAGAUAACAUAAGCAGUGCAAGAACUUCAAAUGACGGGGAUAACCCAUCAGACUCUGAUGGACCUAUCUGGGACCCCGAGAUUUUACCUUCUGUCAAUUCUUUUGAUGAAGGCAUAAAGAUUGAGUUGACUUGCAUAGAAGGUUCCGGUGCCAGUUCGGAAUCUUCUGAUUCCGAGUCAUCCGAAGGUGACAAUGUACCUUUUCUUAGCGCUGAAGAGUACGAAGGAAAUGUUCUGAAUGAGAACAACACAAUUUCUUCUCCUUCAAAAGCUGAGGGCGGACUGAACUUAUAUUCAUCCGAGGAUUUCGCCACGUGGCAGAGGAUUAUCCGCGUCGAUGCUCUUCGUGCAAAUCCCGAAUGGAUAAUAUACAGCCCUACCCAGGCUGCAGUCUCCGAAGCCAAGGCUAGGCAGCAAGCAGAGAAAGUCGGGUUGAAGGAAUUUGAUCACUUAGAACCAUGCAUGAUAUACCACGCUACUCGUCUCGUAUCUAUCCUUGAAGCUUACGCACUUUACGACCCCGAAACCGGCUACUGCCAAGGUAUGAGCGAUCUUCUCUCUCCAAUCAUAUCGGUCAUAGAGGAAGACCACGAAGCAUUCUGGUGCUUUGUUGGGUUCAUGAAAAAAGCAAGGCACAACUUCCGGCUCGAUGAAAUUGGGAUUAGAAGACAACUGGGUCUUAUCUCAAAGAUCAUAAAGUGCAAAGACUCCCAUCUUUAUAGACAUUUAGAGAAGCUUCAAGCAGAAGAUUGCUUCUUCUUGUACAGAAUGGUAGUGGUCCUUUUUCGAAGGGAGUUAACUUUCGAGCAAACACUUUGUUUAUGGGAAGUUAUGUGGGCUGAUCAGACCGCGAUUAGGGCCGGGAUUAGCAAGUCAGCGUGGGGGAAAAUGCGGCUCAGAGCUCCUCCGAGUGACGACCUUCUUCUCUACGCUGUUGCAGCAUGCGUGUUGCAGAGAAGAAAGCUCAUACUAGAGAAAUACAACAGCAUGGAUGAAAUAAUAAGAGAAUGUAAUAACAUGGCUGGGAAUUUGGAUGUAUGGAAGCUUUUGGAUGAUGCUCAUGACUUGGUGGUUACUUUGCAUGACAAAAUUUAACAACACCAACACCCUAAUUUUGGAGUUGGGGACACUGUUUUUCUUUUUUUUUUCCCUUUUUUUUUUUUACAUGAUUUGUUUGUUGUAUUUUGGUUAAGGGAUCUCCUCUUAACCAAUAUGGGAUUAUGUAUGUAUCCAUUAGAUGAUGCUUUGAAAAGAAAAGCACUUCAUAAUUGAUACACCACUGUUGUAUGGUCCUUAACUAUGGAAUGUGUCUGUGUACUACUGCCCGCGCUCAUAACUAAAUUGAAGCGAUGGAGGCGGAAUUCCAAGAUCAGUGAAACUGGUAAGAUUUGUAGUCUUUGUUCAUCA